AUGACGUCAUUGUCGCAAACACUUGCUGUCGUGAAACAAGGCCGCCCCCUAAAGAUGGCGGCGGAGCUACAUCCGCGGAGCGGAAAGCUGGUCGGCCUGUCGAACUCCAACAGAACCGCCCGGCGCAACCAGCCAUUCCAGGAGUUCAACCAUGGCUUGGUGCUAAGCAAGGAGCCGCUGAGAGACCGGGAUGUAUUCACUGUCCGCAUUGAUAAGAAGGUGAAUUUGUGGAGCGGUUCUAUUGAGAUUGGCGUGACAACACUGGAUCCCGCCCUACUGGACUUCCCCAGCAGUGCCACGGGCCUGAAGGGUGGCUCGUGGAUAGUCUCAGGAUGCUCCGUGCUCCGGGAUGGCCGCUCAGUGCUGGAGGAGUACGGCCGCGACCUGGAUCAGCUGUCAGAAGGCGACUGCGUGGGCAUCCAGCGUAGCUCCCUUGGAGAGCUCCAUCUGUGGGUCAAUGGCCAGGACUGUGGUGCGGCCGCCUGCAGCUUGCCUUCCAAACUGUGGGCCGUAGUGGACCUGUAUGGUAAGUGCACGCAAGUGACGGUGGUGAGCUGUGAGCCGCCGUCACCCUCCAUCGAGAGAGAGACAUUAGUUCGGGAUGAAGCGGAUAAGGAAGAAGAAGAGGAGGAGGAGGUGCGAGAGGAUGCAGGCAUCACGGCACUGAUGAGUAUGGCAGCGAUGAAUGGAGUUGUGACAGGAGAUGAAGUGCCUGAGCUUAGUUGCAGCAGACCGGACAAGUUCCCCAACAACCUCGACCCAGAAGCGGUUCUGACAGAGCACCAGCUCUUUGACGUCUUCAACAAUGCAAUAGUAUCUUUUUACCGUGCCGAGGAUGAGGGCGGAGGGGAAGAUGGCGGUGGAGACACGGGAGGAGGAGGAGGGGCGACAGGAAGUGAUUCCUCCUCUAGAAACGACGCAAGGAACAGUGGCGGAGGAGGUUCAGUGAGCCAUGACAGCCGGACAGGGACACUAGCAGGGGGAGGUGGGACUGGAGGAGAUGAUGCCAGUAACAUUAACAGCAACCCCGCUGGUACCGGAGGAGCAGGAUCUGUGGCGGGUGGCUUGACCACCAAUGACGCCCUCCUCUUUCACGAGAAGUGCGGCACGCUGAUCAAACUGAGCAAUAACAACAAGACGGCAGAAAGGAGGAGACCCCUGGAUGAGUUCAACAACGGUGUGGUUAUGACUAACCGGCCGCUACGACACAAUGAGAUGUUUGAGAUUCGCAUUGACAAACUGGUGGACAAGUGGUCGGGUUCGAUCGAGAUCGGUGUGACCACGCACAUCCCGAACAAUCUGGACUACCCUGCCACCAUGACGAAUCUGCGUUCAGGUACAAUCAUGAUGAGUGGCUGUGGAAUACUGACCAAUGGGAAAGGUACCAGGCGGGAAUACUGCGAGUUUAGCUUGGAUGAGCUCCAGGAAGGAGAUCACAUUGGGUUAAUGCGCAAAGCCAGCGGUGCGCUUCAUUUCUACAUCAACGGCAUCGACCAAGGUGUUGCAGCAGCCCAGACCCCCGGCGUGGUUUAUGGCGUGGUGGACCUCUACGGAAUGGCCGUCAAAGUCACCAUCGUACACAAUCAUAACCACAGCGACCGCCUCCGACGCAACAACGCCAUCAUGAGGGCGCUCUCACCAGACGUUGGUCGGCCCAGGCCGUCCCUCUCCCUUACCCCCGACACAGACACACCUGAGCGACUGCUCUUCCACUCCAAUUGUGGCCAAAAAGCCGCCAUCAUCAGCGACGGCAGGACGGCGCUUCGGCCGCAUGCCACCGAUGACUUCAAUCAUGGUGUGGUCCUCAGCAGCAGGCCGCUGCGCUCCAACGAGGUAUUCCAGGUUCGUAUUGACAAAAUGGUGGACAAAUGGGCUGGCUCAAUUGAAAUCGGCGUGACGACACAUAACCCCGCCUACCUGCAGCUGCCAUCCACCAUGACAAAUCUGCGCUCAGGUACAUGGAUGAUGACAGGGAAUGGCGUAAUGCACAAUGGAACAACGAUACUGGAUGAAUACGGACACAACCUAGACCGUCUGAAAGCGGGCGACACAGUCGGUGUGGUACGCAAAGAAGAUGGCAGCCUCCACUUCUUUGUAAACGGCGUGGCUCAGGGCCCAGCGGCCUGGAACGUGCCCUCCAGCGUCUACGCCGUGGUUGACCUCUAUGGCCAGGCUGCUCAGGCCACAAUCAUGGACGACAUGGUGGACCUCCCUCCUCUACCAGAAGACGCCUCAGAAGGUCCUACAGCUAUGUCCCCCGGGAGUCCGUGCUCAGUGGCGGGUGGCAACACCACAGACCUGCGUUUCCACCACCUACACGGUACCAACGCCAUUAUCACCAACGGGGGGCGCACUGCUCUCCGCCAGAACUGCCGCAGCGAGUUCAACGAUGCUAUUGUCAUUUCUAACAGGGGGCUUCGAGAUGGAGAGCUCUUUGAAAUCAAUAUUCAGAAGAUGGUGGACCGCUGGUCGGGUUCAAUAGAAGCAGGCGUAACGGCCAUCAGGCCAGAGGAGCUUGAGUUUCCCAACACGAUGACUGACAUUGACUAUGACACAUGGAUGCUCAGCGGAACGUCCAUCAUGCAGGAUGGCAACACCAUGCGCAACAACUACGGCUGCGACCUUGACUCUCUGACCUCAGGCUCACGAAUUGGCAUGAUGCGCUCCGCUACUGGUGACCUCCAUUAUUACAUAAACGGCGUGGACCAAGGCGUCGCCUGCUCUGGUCUGCCUUCAGAGGUGUUUGCAGUGGUUGACCUGUAUGGUCAGUGUGUUCAGGUGUCCAUCACUAGCUCCUCAGGCCCGCUGGACAAUAGUCUGUGUACCAGCAACAUCACAGAAAAGAGCUUCCCUAUACACUCUCCAGUAGCAGGAGUAGCUCACCGCCUCCACAAUAAACAUGGUAAGAACGUGGUGCUUUUGGGUGAGGGGUGCCAGGCUGUCAGAGCAGGGGGUUACGCCCACGGCAUCGUGUUUAGCGCCAAAGAGCUAAAAGUGGACGAGAUUUUUGAGGUGAGGGUCGACGAGGUGGACGAUCAGUGGUGCGGUUCGCUGCACGUCGGCCUGACCACGCUACCGCCCCCCGAGCUGCCGUCAUGUCCGCUCUCUGGCUUCUCCCCCUCCCUCCCACAGCUUCGCACCAAGGUCACCUGGCUGCUUUGCGGCUUGGAAGUCCGUCGUAACGGUGUGCUGCAACGCCAGAACUACGGCUGCUCGUUGGACCGGCUGACGGUUGGUAAUCGUGUCGGUGUCAAGAGGUGCAGCGAUGACACAAUGCACAUCUUCAUUGAUGGCGAGGACAUGGGGCCUGCUGCCACUGCAGUAGCCAAGAACGUGUAUGCGGUCUUGGACCUGUAUGGGCGGAUAACGGCGGUGUCCAUCGUCAGCUCCACCCUGAUUGAAGACGUGGACAGCGUUAAGGCGGUAUCUCUCUCCUCAGAAAGCUGUAGUGAAGGAGAGGAUGACAGCACGCCCGUCAGAGAGACUGCGGGUGAGCCAUGCGUGCUGGUGCCUACCGCAGUGACCUUCCUGGAGAACCAUGGCAAAAACAUCCAGCUAUCCAACCAGAACCUGACAGCCGCCAGAGUGUCGAGCUACAAUCAGGGCCUAUUAGUGACUGCUCAGCCUCUGGCCCAGCAUCAACUAUUCCAGUUUAAGAUCGACCGCCUCAAUCCGUCAUGGACGUCGUCGCUGUCAUUAGGGGUAAUCGGUCACUCACCAGAUCGCCUCAACUUCCCCUCCACGGCAUGCUGCCUGAAGCGCUCUACUUGGCUGCUGCAGAGAGACUCCAUCUUCCACAACUCCCUUAAAAUUUGCGAGAACUACGGCCCUAACCUGGACACGUGUCCUGAGGGCACGGUGUUGGGUCUGCUGGUGGACGCCAAUAGUUGUCUCCACCUCUAUGUAAACGGUAUGGACCAGGGGUUGGCAGCGCAGGACAUUCCUUCCCCCUGCUACCCCUUCAUCGACCUCUACGGCCAAUGUGAACAGGUGACCAUUGUGACAAACAACGUGCCAGCUGUGGGCGGAGAUGGUGGCGACACCCGCUGUCAGGGUGAUAUGGAGAAGGCGGACAUGGUUGACGGCAUCAAAGAGAGUGUGUGCUGGACGCCUCCUCCUGACGUCAACCCCAACAAGUCGUGCGAGUACCAGGCCCUGUGCGCCCGCUUUAAGGACCUGCUCACUCUACCAGAUGGUUACUUCAAUGAAGAUGCAAAGUACAACCAGUGCUACUGCGAGUCCUGCCACAAGCUGCGGGGGGAUGAGGCGUAUUACAAGAGAGGGGAGCCCCCCCGCGACUACGCUCUGCCUUUCGGAUGGUGCUGCUUCGCCCUCAGGAUCAAGCCCCACUGUGAGGUCUCUACUGCACUGAAGAAGUGGCACAUUGCUUACCACGGCACCAGCGUAGGAGCUCUGCGCCGCACACUGGACCACAGCAAGUUGCUGCCUGGAACGUCGUCCAUCUUCUCUGUGUCUCCGGUGAAAGCAGAGGGUCUUGACGGCUACGCUGAUCCAGAGGAGAACAUUGUCCCUGGCAGGGAGAUGGCCAGAGUGCGUCUGUCGCCCACCAUGCGCUACUCGGGCUUAGAGAAUUUUGCUCCCAAAGUGCAAUUUCGGGACCCGCGCUCUCACCGCUGCCACCAGGCCCAGGUGGGCUUCCAGGUGUGCGUGCGCCCGGGCUCUUACAAGGCGGGCCCGCAAACAUUGGGCCACAGCGAGCCUCUGGACCCCCGAUUCAGCAACUCUGAGAUUGAGUGGAUGACAAAAGAGCAGGGUGGAACACUCCUCUACGGCCUGCUUGUGCGGGUCGAGUGACACCUCCCACUUUUGAUAGAAGUGACAAAUCCAAGCCCUGCCUUGAGCAACAGACUCCUCUGGGAUCCAGCUGGUCCUUAUGAUUGUCCACAGGAUUAUUUUACUGCUUUCAAAGAAGAACAGACACUGCCUGCACUUUAUGUUUCGGAUACUCGUGGGCAAUUUUUAAUCCCGUUUAACAGCAACAUGACACACUUACUAGUUUUCUGAAGGUUUUUUUCAUUUGCGUUUUAUUUUGGGAGCACUGUCCAAAGUCCCGUGCCAAGCUGAAUGUUGGUUUGGAUUAUGACUGAAUUGUAAUUAUGUUUUCACACUUGAAUUAGAUACUUUGAUGACUUUAACCUGUAUUGUUUACACAUGUAACAUAAAUUAUAGUUGUGUUUGCGUGCGGUCCAGAGUGUGUCUCUGUUUUCUCGUCCAAAAAUAAUCUUAAAAAGUGUGUUGAGAGUUCUUCGCCACUUUUUAGGCCACUUUCACAACCUCCUAGAUCAUUUGUCAGAACUACAAUGUUUACUACACCCUUACUUCAAGAAUAAAAAUGUCUUCAUGCUCUC